AUGCCACGCGCUCCGCCCGCCCCGUUCGGCGGCUGUGGCGGAGCUCUCGUUCCAAACCCCCCCCCGACAGUCCUCGCUGGGCCGGGGCCGGUCCUGCCCCCGCGCCGGCAGCGGGUGAGGCUUUACGGCCGAGGCGGAGCUCGGCUCGGCUGGGCUCGGCUUAGCCCGGCUGGGCGCCGCUGCGGGCGGGCCAUGGCGGCGGGGCCGGGGCCGGGGCUGGAGCUGGGGCUGGAUGUGGAGGAGGCGCUGGCGGCGGCAGGGCCGUUCGGGCGCGGGCAGCGGCGCCUCACGGCCCUGCUGGUGCUGCUGCAGGUAUACGUGGCUUGCCAGUCGAUGCUUAUUGUGCUCGUGGGAGCUGUGCCCAGGUACCACAUAGACCAGGAGGGAAUUCCAGCGAGCAGAGCUGAGCUUGCCAAGCACAUCCGUUUUGCCAGCAACUUCACAUCCAUUGUCACUGAGUGGUACCUAAUUGACCGAGAAGCCUACAAAGUAAGCCUUGCAUCAUCCCUGUUUUUUGCUGGACUGCUCAUUGGAAAUAUCACAUUUGGCCCUUUGUCAGAUAAACUGGGCAGGAAACCAGUGUAUAUCUCAGGUCUCUUUUUUGAUGUCAUUUUUGGGUAUGUCACAGCCUUAGCUCCGAAUUAUGACAUAUUUGCGAUUUCACGGUUUUUUGUUGGAAUCGUGAAUGGUGGAAUGGCUCUUGUGUCUUUUGUCCUAACACAAGAAUAUGUAGGAAAAUCAUUUUGGUCAUUUACAGGUUCACUAACUAAUAUGACAUUUGCAGUUGGCAUUGCUGUUUUUGCUUUGCUGGGUUACUGUAUCAGAGAGUGGCGCUACCUCGCCUUGGUGUCGAACAGUCCAGGAGUCUUCUUCCUCCUCCUCUCUUUCAUGCUCCCGGAAUCUCCACGGUGGCUGUACUCCCAAGGGAAAACAGCAGAAGCUGAAGACGUGUUGCAAUAUAUUGCCCUUUGUAAUGGAAAAGAAAGAUUAAAUCUAAAAUUGAAACCAAGUGCAGGAACUCUGAGGAAGGAUGAGUCAGCACCUGGAAUUCUGAACUUGGUGAAACAGCCGGUCCUUCGGUGGCGAACCAUCCUUCUGAUGUACAUCUGGUAUGUCUGCAGCUUUGUGUACUAUGGACUAACUUUAAAUGCUGGUGAUUUAAGAGGAAAUUUGUAUUUAAAUGUGGCUCUUUCUGGUCUUGCAGAAGUUCCAGCAUUUCCUCUCUGCAUGUUUUUCAUUGAGAAAUCCUGGUCUGGAAGACGUAAAACUAUGACGUGUUUUCUGACAUUUGCAGGACUUGCCUGUGUGUUUGCCAUGUUUUUACCAACAAAUGCUGGUCUCCUCCUGGGUCCCACUUUGUUAGCUCUGUGUGGAAAAAUGAUGGUCAGUGCUGCUUUCAACAUCCUGUAUAUUUAUACAUCUGAGCUGUACCCAACAGUGCUGAGAAAUGCUGGCUUGGGUGCCUGCUCCAUGUCUUGCAGAUUUGGGGGCAUUUUGGCUCCAUUUGUGCCAUCUAUGAAGUCUCUCAGUCCUUCUGUACCGUUUGUGGUGUUUGGAAUCACUGGACUGUCUGCAGGAUUCCUGACUCUCCUUCUACCAGAAACACUAAAUAAGCCAAUUGCUGAGAGCAUCGACGACCUCCAGAGUCCCAGAUACCAAGUGCUUAAAAAUGAAGAGGCAGAGCAAAGCAGUUAGAAGAAAACACUUGAGUUUGAGGCCUGUCUGGUGGAAAGUGAAGCCUCCAUUGAGAAGGUGCUAUAACAGCUGAAGGGCAAAGUGCUGCUCCCUGUGUCUGACAGGAAACAUUCCAGGACUCAUGUAUAAUGCUGUUUGUAGCAUGUUAAACAGCUCUGUGUGGAGGCACACUGAGAAGAUGGAAGGAGUUGAUCAAAGCUUGUGAGAAAAGAGCUGACAAAUCUGUGCAUUAAUUUAAUGACUUAACAAAAGCCCACUUCAGAGGUUUGGACUUCUCUACAGCUUCUUGAAGUGAAGUAUUAAUUUACUUUACAAGACGUAAUUGCCAGCUUCAGAUGAAGCUAUGAUGUUGUAAUUGAAGUGAUGUAUAAUUUAAAAUUUAGAUGGCCUUAUAUAUUCUGUCAAGCUGGAAAUGUGAAAAGGAGCAGCAUCCUGUAUAUGCUAAUUUUCUCUACAGGUUUUUUGCCUCUAGACUACAGUGUAUACCUCACAGUGUGAAGAGACCAAAGAUCUAUGCGGGUUGCUGGCCUAAGAAACCUGAGCAGGAGAUCUGAAAGGAGAAGAAAUGGAUUCUGUUGUGGGAUACAGCAAGUUUUUGUUGGAGAAGAUGCCUUAAAUGAAAAAUAAUACUAUAUUGGAAAAAUUGUCAGGACUUGAAGAGGUGCAUUUAAAGGAGAGGAUGAGUAACCUUUUAGACAAAGGUUAUUAAGUUCUAGCUGUACAUGUGGAAUGAGAAAUUAUUGAGCAUGAGUUAUAUAUUGUAUAAUAUAUGUAGUAAUAUAUAAUCCCCUAUAUUUCACAUAUCAGUUGGAAAUUCUUCUUGCAAGGGAACGGUGUUUGGUUAACAGUUAAUAUAUUUACAUUGGAAUAGAUGCAUCACAACUGUUACAGGGUUUUUUUAUGGCAAACACAACUUUGUUAUUAAAAAGACAAUUAUUUUAA